AUGUCAGAGUUUUGGCUGAUCUCAGUUCCGCUGGACAAAGCCAGUUCUCAGUCUUUGGAGAAGCUCAAACGGGCCGCAGCCAAAGCCGGCCUCGGGUCCAGCUUCAGAUUCAUCAUCCCUGAACUGAAGGUGGGCACUCUGGAUGUAUUGCUGGGUGUGGCUGAUGACCUCUCCAGACUGGACUCACAUGCAGAGGGUGUUAUGCGGAAGACGUCUCAGUGUAUGGCGGAGGUCAUGGAGCAGUCCUGUGACAAAGUCAUAGAGAACGCCCUGGCAAAUGGAGUGGACCUCGCUACAUAUGUGACAAAGUUCCAAUGGGACAGAGCCAAGUACCCCACUGCCCUGUCUCUAAAAACACUGACCGAGAUUAUCUCCAAGCAAGUGUCUCAGGUGGAGACAGAACUGAAGUCUCGUAGCAUUGUGUACAAUGACAUGAAAGCCAGACUGCAAGGCCUUGAGCAGAAAACAGAGGGAAGCCUGCAGACCCGCACUUUGACCGGCAUUGUGAAGAAGGAAGACUUGGUCCUCAACUCUGAGUAUCUGACCACAUUACUAGUAGUGGUGCCCAGGUCAAACGAUAGCCUGUGGGAGAACACCUAUGAGUCCAUGUCAGAUUUUGUGGUUCCUCGCUCCAGCAGGUUAUUGCUGGAGGAGAAGGAUGCUGGGAUUUUCACGGUGACACUCUUCAAAAAAGCUGUCAGUGAAUUCAAAGCCAAUGCCAACAAGCACAAAUUUACAGUGCGAGAAUUCAACUUAGAGGAAGCAGAGAAGCAAAGGCAAGAGAUGAACCGUCUUAUUGUGGAUAAGAAAGAACAGUAUGGAACAUUUGUGCGCUGGCUGAAGGUGAAUUUCACUGAAGUGUUUGUGGCCUGGAUCCACAUCAAGGCCCUUAGAGUGUUCGCAGAGUCAGUUCUCAGGUACGGCCUGCCGGUCAGUUUCCAGACUCUUCUACUGCAGCCAGAGAAGAAGCAUGCAAAGCGGCUGAGAGAGGAGCUCAACUCCUUAUUCAGGGACUUGGACCCUACAGCAGCAGCCAGCAAACCAGAUAUGGGGGUUGACAUCCCAGGAGUUAAUGCUGGACAGCAGGAGUAUUACUCCUACAUCUGCUACUCCAUCAACAUCAACUUGCUGGACUCCAGCUAG